CUGCAUAGAGGCUGACACCAUGGAGCUGGCAAGUGCAGUCUCCCUCUUCUUGGUCGCCUACCUCUCCUGCCUCGUCCUGAUGUUCAUCCGGAGGAAGUCCUCUGCCAGGGGCCGGCUGCCUCCUGGACCCUCUCCUCUGCCUCUGGUUGGGAACUGCCUGCAGAUGAAGGCAUUCAAAACCUUGUCCUCCCUCCUCAAGCUGCGGGAAAAAUACGGCCCCGUCUUCACGGUCUACUUUGGAAACCGCCCGAUUGUGGUCUUGUGUGGCUACGAAGCAGUGAAGGAGGCCCUGAUUGACAAGGCGGAAGAAUUCUCCGGGAGGAAAACCAACCCUACCCUGCAGAAGACCUUCCAGGAUUACGGGGUGGCCUUUGCCAAUGAGGAGCGCUGGAAGCAGCUGCGCCGGUUCUCCCUAACCAUCCUGAGGAAUUUUGGAAUGGGGAAGAAAUCCAUCGAGGAGAGGAUUCAAGAGGAGGCCCAGUUCCUGCUGGAGGAAUUUCAGAAGACUCAAAAGAAGCCCUUCAACCCCAUCUUCUUCCUCAGCUGCGCCGUGUCCAACGUCAUCUGUUCGAUCGUCUUCGGCGAUCGCUUCGAUUACAAAGACAAGGAAUUUCUGGCUCUGAUGAAGAUGAUAAACGACAGCCUUCAGCAGAUGAGCAACAGCUGGGCUCAGUUCUACGAUAUCUACGCCAACCUCCUGAAAUACUUCCCAGGGCCCCACACCAAGAUCUCUGACAUCCUGGAGGACGUAAGGCUCUUCAUUGCCAGGAGGGUGAAGAAGAACAAGGAGACCCUGGACCCCAACUGUCCCCGGGAUUACAUCGACUGCUUUCUCAUCCAGAUGGAGAAGGAGAAGGACAAUCCGGACACCGAAUUCAACCAGAAGAACCUGGAGUUGACCACACUGAACUUGUUUUUUGGUGGGACAGAGACGGUCAGCUCCACCCUGCGAUCCGGAUUUCUGUUGCUGAUGAAGUACCCUGAAGUGCAAGCAAAGAUGCAGGAAGAAAUCGACCGUGUGAUUGGCCAGAACCGGAUCCCCAACAUUGAAGACCGGAGCCAGAUGCCCUACGUGGACGCGGUCAUCCAUGAAGUACAGCGGUUCAGUGACCUCGUCCCCAUGAACGUGCCCCAUGCGGUCACCCGUGACACGGAAUUCAGAGGCUACCUUAUUCCGAAGGGCACAGAAGUCUUUCCCAUGCUCAGCACCGUCUUGCAUGACGGCACCAAAUUUAAAAGCCCUGAAGGGUUCCACCCGGAGAACUUCCUGGAUGAGAAGGGGUGCCUGAAGAGGAAUGAUGCCUUUGUCCCCUUCUCCGCAGGGAAACGCAUCUGCCUGGGGGAAGGCCUGGCCCGGAUGGAGCUCUUCCUCUUCUUCACCACCAUCCUACAGCGGUUCCGGCUGAAGCCCGUGGUGGAGCCCAAGGACAUCAACCUGACACCCCAGGAAAUCGGCAUUGCCACCAUCCCACCCCUGUACGAGCUCUCGGUCAUCCCCCGCUGAGAGGAGGGAGCCAUGCGGGCGGGCGAGUGUGCCCUGCCUCUGGACUCCUGUCCUUUUGCACCAGCUGGGCUUUCAGCAAGAGCUGCACGCAGUGGUGAAAUGUAAAAUUUGUUACUACCAGUGCUGUGGGCGUGGCUUGGUGGGGAUGUAAUAUGACUGAGUGGGCAGAGCCAACUUUUUUUUUUUUUUACUUUUAAAAUCAUUUUUUCUACCAUCUCUUCGGCUGAAGAGGUUGUAGAAAAAAUGCUUUUAAAGCCUCUGAUGAUCCCAGCUGACUUGCCUGAUCGGCAGAGACUUUUUCUUUUAAGCCUCUAACAAUCCCAGCUGACUUGCCUGAUUGGCAGAAGCUUUUUUUCCUUUUAAAAACAUUUUUUCUAUAACCUCUUUGGCCGAAGAGGUUAUAGAAAAAAUGCUUUUAAAAAUUAAAAAUAAGCCUCUGACGAUUGCGCGGCACAGCUGGGCAAUGGGGGGGGGAGAGGAAUUUUUGCUACCAGUUCUCCGAACCACCCGCCUCCAUCGCUACCAGAUCGGGCGACCCGGUCCGAACCGGGAGCAUUUCACCCCUGACUGCACGGUCCCCUUCUCUGCACCCCACCCGGGGCCAGGAUCUCUGAGGGGGGUGGGAAAAAAUACCUCUUCCAGGUGUUUGCCUUGAAAAUAUAAAGCUUUGCAAGGAUGCAGAUGAUCUGAA